CAUUCAGGGAAUCAUGAGUCAUGACGACGAACCUCCUCUUGUAGCCACUUAUAAAACUCAGCGUCCCCCAUGGAUUGGAUUGUGGAGCACUCGAGAGUAUAAGGGGCGACCGGAUUGGUGGAAGGAAGCAGGUGUCCAGGACGAGGUCGUCCGAAGUGGUCGACUACGUAUGUUGCGCCACAGGUACAAAGAAGAAGAUCCAGUAUUUUUUGACCCGAAGGUCCCUGAUGGAACUUCAGUGACUGGACCGCUGGGGCUAGAUUCGAAGUAUCAUCAUGACAUCACUAUAAAAGCCGACCAACCAGGACCACUGAAAGAAUUCCAGGAUAAGGUAUGGAAAGGCUCCCAUCAAUACAAAGCAAUAGCUGAAAAAUUUGAUAUCAGCAAGGAACACCCUGGAUUUGAUGUAAACCCUUCUCUGAACGACUUGCUUAAUAUUCCGAAAUGGCAUCUCGGCCGCAACGCUUUCGUACCCAACUCGUGGUAUCACUAUGGUCCGCGCUUCUUCGACAAGCCAUUAAAUGAAGCGACUAUCGAAAAGGGCUUGGCCUGCGCCAAGUAUGCUGCUUUGUUGAUGCUUCCUUACACUAUGCUUGAAAUACGUACGACCGCGUCAGUGCCUGUUCAAAAAUUUUCCCCGAGAACUUACAUGCAAAGGUAUCUCCAGUUAAUGCCGAAACCAGCUAUGGUGGCUUUCACCUGGGGAUUCGCGCUUUCUACUGCAGCUGCUAUUCGUAAAAAGGAUGACGUGAAAAAUCAUUUAUAUGCCAGUGCAGCCGUGGGAGCGGUCAUAUCGGCUAUGAGAAACAACUUUGCGUCGGGAAUAAGCAUGGGACUGUUUACACUAGUUCUCGGGACUUUCUGGCAGUAUGCUCGUGUAUCGGAGGAUGGCAUGAUGGGAAUGGUCGUCCAGCCAACUAGCGCUGGAAUCUGGGGAGGUCCACUCAUAUGGAGAGCAUUCCAGUGGGGCGAUAAGGAGGUUCCACAUGAGCGUUAUUAGCGUGACGGCUCAUGAUCUAUAGUAUAGUCAAUUUAGCGGAUGAACAGAGAGCAGAUUAGCCUAACUUGAAGACUUUAUGAUUUUUUGUGGUGUCGUUGCCAAUGAAGCUGUCCUACAAGUUUACUUUGUUCGCUCUUGAUCAAAUGUACGCUUUUGA